AUGGAGGUAUUCCAGGGACUUCGUAAGCCAUCAGCCCGUUUGGAAUGCGACCAUUGCAAUUUCAGGGGCACAGAUUAUGAAAAUGUACAAAUCCAUAUGGGUACCAUCCAUCCAGAAUUUUGUGAUGAAAUGGAUGCUGGUGGGUUAGGUAAGAUGAUAUUUUACCAGAAAAGCGCAAAGCUGUUUCACUGCCAUAAGUGCUUUUUCACCAGCAAGAUGUACUCUAAUGUAUAUUAUCAUAUCACAGCCAAACAUGCAGCCCCAGAGAAAUGGAAUGAUAAACCAAAAAAUCAGUUAAACAAAGAAAUAGAUCCUGUGAAAAGUACUCUGCCUGACCAACAGAAAAUAUCCUCUAAUUCAGUGGAACUGAGAUCUACACCUGCCCUUUGUAUAGAAACUCAGAAACUUGGUCCAGAAUCACCAAAACCUACUCUUCUUACUCCUGUGGAGCCUCAGAAACCUGGCCUUGUUUCUUCUGAGCCACAGACACCUCUUUCUUCUCCUGAGCCUCCAAAACCUGCCUCUGUUUCUUCUGAACUUCCUGUUGUUUCUGAGACUCCGAAACCUGUCCCUGUUCCUUCUCCAGAACCUCAGAAACAUGUCCCGGUGUCUGCUGAACCUGUAAAGACUACUUUUGUUAAUACCAAACCCCAGAAGCAUUCUCAUUUCCCAGAAACAUCGGGGCCACCUUUAACCUCAUCUCCGGAGUCACCAGUUCUCCCUGCUUCCCCUGAACCUUGGAGGCCAUCCCCUACUGCGUCUCCAGAAUCUCGGAAAUCAACCAGGACUGUGUCCCCUGAACCCAGGAAGCCAUCUCCAUCUGAGUCUCCUGAAUCUUGGAAGUCAUUCCCUGCUGUCUCCUCAGAGCCUAGGAGACCAGCCCAAGCUGUGUCACCAGGAUCUUGGAAAGCAGGACCACCUGGAUCUCCUAGACCUUGGAAAUCUAGUCCGUCAGCAUCAUCAGGACCUUGGAAACCAGCUAAACCUGCUCCAUCUGUGUCUCCUGGACCUUGGAAACCAAUUCCUUCCAUCUCUUCUGGACCUUGGAAGCCAACUCCAUCUAUGUCCCCUUCAUCCUGGAAAUCAUCAUCUGUGUCACCUGGUUCCUGGAAGUCUCCUCCUGCUUCUCCUGAAUCAUGGAAAUCUGGCCCACCAGAACUGCGGAAGACGGCUCCCACGUUGUCACCUGAACAUUGGAAAGCAGUUCCCCCAAUGUCUUCUGAGCUUCGUAAAGCAGCACCUCCUUUGUCCCCUGAGAUUCGGAAACCAGGCCCUCCACUAUCCCCAGAGAUCCGUAGCCCAGCAGGAUCUCCAGAACUCCGAAAACCUUCAGGGUCACCAGAACUUUGGAAAAUUUCUUCUGAUCAACGAAAAACUCCUCCUGCCUCUCUUGAUUUUCCUGAAUCCCAGAAAAGUUCCCGAGGUGGUUCGCCUGAUCUCUGGAAGUCUUCCUUUUUUAUUGAGCCUCAGAAACCUGUUUUCCCUGAAAACCGCAAAGCGGGUCCUUCUGGGCCAUCUGAAUCCCCUAAAGCGGCUUCAGAGAUUUGGAAGCCGGUCCUUUCUAUGGACUCUGAGCCCCGGAAACCAGCCUUUUUUUCUGAGCCCACCAAAACAGCCCCAACUGCUGCUCCUGAACCACGAAAACGUGCUCUUUUUCCAGAGCCCAGGAAGCAUGCUCUUUUCCCUGAACUUCCUAAACCUGCUCUGUUCUCAGAAUCUCCGAAGGCACUUGAGCUUGGGGAUGAACUGCAGGUGGACGAUAUAGAAGAUAAAAAGUGUGAUGUUUUGCCUCAGGAAGAACUCCUGAGUACACCCAAAAAACUUUUAGAGGACACUUUAUUUUCUUGCUCAAAGAAGCUCAAGAAGGAUAACCAAGAGAACUCGGAUACUGAGCUUAGUAGUAGUGAGUAUAUGAAGACAGAUUUGGAUGCCAUAGAUCUUAAAGGCCAGGAGUCGAGCAGUGAUCAAGAGCAGGUUGAUGUGGAAUCUAUUGAUUUUAGUAAAGAGAACAAAAUGGACAUGAGUGGUUCAGAGCAGUCAAAAAAUGUAUUGCAAUUUAAUGAAGAAAAAGAGGCUUUUAUCUCAGAAGAGGAGAUAGCAAAAUACAUGAAGCGUGGAAAAGGAAAGUAUUACUGUAAAAUUUGUUGCUGUCGUGCUAUGAAAAAAGGUGCUGUUUUGCAUCAUUUGGUUAAUAAGCAUAAUGUUCACAGUCCUUACAAAUGUACAAUUUGUGGAAAGGCUUUCCUUUUGGAAUCUCUCCUAAAAAAUCAUGUUGCUGCCCAUGGGCAGAGUUUACUUAAAUGUCCACGUUGUAAUUUUGAAUCCAAUUUCCCAAGAGGCUUUAAAAAACAUUUAACUCACUGUCAAAGCCGGCAUAACGAGGAAGCAAAUAAAAAGCUGAUGGAAGCUGUUGAACCCCCCCUGGAGGAGCCACAGAUUUAA